ACGUUCCGAGAUAUAUCAAACCAUCAGGAAAUGUUUCAAAAAUGUGAGGAACUUUGUGAAGCUUUGGAAGCUGAUGUCAAAAAAGCAGACGUCAAGGGAAUGACUGUCACACUUAAAAUUAAAACAGCUGCAUUCGAGUUGCAUACUCGCUCGAAAACCCUCUUUUAUCCUGUUGGAUGCAAAAGUGAGAUAUAUCCUGUAAUAUCUGAUCUGCUUAAACAAGAACUGGCUGCUAACAAAGGACAAAUGAAAUUGCGACUAAUUGGUGUUGGACUUUCUAAACUCUCGAAUGCUGGAAAAGAUAGUCAACAGAAAUCUCUGGAUUAUUUUAUCCAGAAAGUGAAAGCGAAAAAGAAAUCACAAGACACAGAUACACUUGCAAGUAGCAUUAAAAACAGUGAAUAUCACCCUGAUUCAAGCCUAACUUCUUCUGCCGUCACUAGUUCUGAAUGUGAAAGCAUUCAAACUACAGAUCUUGAGGAUGGUGGUCAACGUGAAAUUGUGAAUGGCGCAAAUGCAAGCACAACUUCUUCAAAUGAAGAACCUUCUGAACACAUUUUAAACCCGUGCAAUGAUGCAGCAGAUAAAGAAAUCAACUGUCCAAUAUGUGAAAAGGAAUUUAACGAUCUGUGUGCUCUUAAUAAACAUUUGGACGAAUGUGGAAUUACGCAAAAUAAUGAAAUUGGCAUUUUGGAAAAGCAAGAUAAAAUUGAGGAUAAUUCUGUAAAUAAUAACGAUUUAACUCAACAAAUAACAUGUUUCACUUGUCCGCUAUGCAAUGCUACAUUUUGUUGUCAGGAUAUAACAUUGGAAAAGUUUAAUACUCAUGUAGAUUCUUGUCUUAAUAGAAAAACUAUUAUGGAACUUGUUAAAUCUGAAUCUAAUUAUGCGAACUCAGAUUCAGAAAAGACAAAAACUAAACGGAGUUCUAAGACUUCAGGGCCUCCUAGGAAACGACAGAAAACAACAUCAAAACCGUCUUGCACAAUAGAUAAUUUUUUCAAAAAGUAGAUUUUUGUUUGUUAUGUAUUACUGGUGUGUGAUUUAGG